AUGGCAGCUGCUUCAAACACCAAAGAUCACUGGUCCUCAGAGGCUUACCAGAACGCCGCUUCGUUCGUCCCCAAGCUGGCAACCAAGAUCGUGCAAUGGCUCGACCCCCAACCUAACGACGUCGUUCUCGACAUUGGCUGUGGAGUCCUUGACGCAAAUAAACUUCACCCUGUCCCCACCCAGUACAAAAGAGCCUUCACCAAAGCCUUCUCCAACGCCGCGCUCCACUGGAUUUUACGUUCUGAAGAGACGCGUGAGGCUGUCUUCCGCGGCGUGAGAGACUCCCUCGUUGACAAUGGGACCUUUGCCUUCGAGAUGGGCGGGCUGGGGAAUGUCGCUGAGAUGAGGGCUGCGCUGCUGGGCGCUGUGGCUAGGAGGGUGGGGAUUGAGAAGGCUAGGGAGGCGGAUCCAUGGUUUUUCCCUGACGAGAAGUGGAUUACGGAUAUGCUUGAAAGUAAGGUUGGAGGCUGGAAGGUUGAGAAGGUAGAGAGGGAGUGGAGGCCUACUGUUGCGGAUAAGGGGGGUGUUGAGGCUUGGGUGAAGCUCAUGGGAGCUAACUUUUUUGACGCUGUGCCGGAGGUAAAACUUGAAGCGACACGGGAGCAGUUGCCCAGCAUGUCUGCAGACGACCAGGCCUUCCUGGACGUGCUAGCUUCCAUCCCCCAGGAGUUCCGCAAGUACACCGAUGAGGUGGCCAGCUUCGUGGACAAGCACGUCGACCAGAUCGCCGGUGCUUUGAGGGAAGUUGUUAGAGACACCCUCGCCAAUGCAACAUGGCUCCCCGAGCAGUUCCGUCCGGCGCCCCCGCCACCGGCCCCCAUCAUUACCGUGCCCGUCUCAUUCCUUGAGCGUAUUCAAAACUGGGUGGCCCGGCACAAGAUCUUGGUCGGCGUCAUCGCAGUAACCUCGGGCUAUGUCGCCUACCGCACCUAUCGCAGCACGGCGUCUUGGCGCAAGAAGCGCCGUGCCCGUCGCGCACGCAAUGGCGGCCGCAUGGAGGUAGUCGUGAUCGCCGGCUCGCCCGCCCUGCCGCUGACUCGGUCGCUAGCGCUCGAUAUGGAGCGGAAGGGAUUCAUCGUCUUCGUCGUCUGUAACGGCCACGACGACGAAACCAUGGUCCAGAACCUCUCGCGCCCAGACAUCCGCCCGCUGACUCUCGAUAUUACCAAUCCUACGGCUGCUGGGGCCUCGAUUGAUAGCUUUGCUCGCUACUUGCAGGCGCCGCAUGCUGCUAUCCCAAAUGGCAAGCGGUACCAUCUCCAGUUCAAGGCCGUCAUCCUUAUCCCCUCGCUCAACUACACCACCUCCCCGAUCGCCACCAUCCCGCCGUCCAGCUUCGCCGACCUUUUCAACACUCACCUGCUGCAGCCCAUCCUUACCAUCCAGGCUUUCUUGCCUCUUCUAACCGCCCGUCUCGGGCCCCCUCCCUCUGCCAACACCAAAGAGCAAACCAGCUCUAUCACCACCAACAGCUCCCAGUCCCCUACUGACCUCCCCUCCACCACCCCCAAAGUCCUCGUUUUCACCCCAUCCAUCAUCUCCUCCAUCAACCCCCCCUUCCACGCCCCCGAAGCAACAGUCUGCUCGGCCCUGACAGCAUUCACCGAAGUCCUAACCGCCGAGCUGCGCCCCCUCGGCAUCCCCGUCACCCACGUACAACUCGGCACCUUCGACUUUUCGGGUUUUACGCCCGCGGCACAAUCCCGCCUGCUCCGCGAAAACAACCGCAACGUCGACGAAUGGCCCGACUCGGCGCGCCACGCGUACGGCAAGAAUUACGUGUCCCAGAGCGAGUCGGCUAUUAGUGCGGGGCGGAUUAGGGGACUCAGGGGGUCGUCACUGAAGGAGUUGCAUAAUGCCGUGUUUGAUGUCAUCGAUGGGAGUAUCACCAGCGGGACGGUGAGGGUUGGCCUGGGGGCGAGUGUGUAUGGGUUCGUGGGGAGGUGGGUACCGAGGGGGUUGGUGGCUUGGAUGAUGGGGAUUAGGAGGGUUGAUGAGCUUAAGGAGUGGCAGGGGAAUGGGACGACAGGAAAAGAGUUGAAAUUGGCUAGUCCGCGGUCAAGAGUUGGUUCGCCGCGGUCGGUGAGCGGAAGCUCGAGCUCGAGCUCGAGUGAUGCUGAGGUUGAGGAUGGCGGGUCGUUUGUUACCGUGCCUACGGCGAUGGGGCAUGCGGAAGCAAAUGUUUGGAAGGAGAGUUAA